UCAUUGGGUGCUGCCGCUGCUUCCCCGGCACUCCGCGCUUCCUGCCGGGCUGAUAAAUAAGUUUCUUGGAGCACAGGUGGCACCUAAUGUGCUGCUCAUAGCUUGAUUGUAGCAGGGUUGCUUGUUUUUGUUACUUGCCUUGUAGGCAAGAAGGUUUCUCUCUCUCUCUUGCAGAGCUUGGGUGUGGUGGUGAGAAACCUUUUGGGACAGAGCUGCUGAUUGCAAGUGUCUCCUUCAAACCUUGACACUGCAGUUGCAACAUCUGCUGUCACUGCUUGGAAAAAAACAGCGGGUGCAAUCAAGGCACUGCAUAAAAGAGCAUGGAGAAAUUCAGAACUGUGUUUCUUUUCUGCCUUAGCUUCCUUCUAGUCCAUGUAAGAGGUCAACAUGAUUUUGAUUUAGCUGAUGCCCUUGAUCACCCUGAUGACAUAAUUACCAGGAAGCCUACAGUGAUCCGAAGACCGACAAGACCUGUGUUCAACAAUGACCUACAUUUAGGAGAUGCUCUUGGUGGGGGUGACAUCUCAAGAAAACCUUUAUACCCACCUCUUCCACCACGCCCAGGAAGUUAUGGCAAUUCUGGAGAUUUUGAUGACUCAGAUCUCCUUGAUGGAAAACCUUUACCACCAGGAGAAGAGGAGCAUCAUUUCAAUCAUGGAGGGAACACAGAUUCGGGUUUAAUAGCUGGAGUUACAUCUCCUGUAAUUUCUGCUUUUGUGAUACUGAUUGUUGGAUCAAUAGCAGCCUACACUGCUUACAAGAAUAAGAAACUUUGUUUCAAACCACGUGGUGGGGCUGCAGUGUAAACCAUUGAAAGAAAAGUUGCUGUCUGAUCGCAGGCUCCUUUGGUUGGUGAUAUCCUACACUGCCAUUCUGACAGAAGAAAGUCUUCCUCUAUCAAAUGUUUUCUUGAGAUGUUGCAAUCCUGCUCUCUCUAACCUGAUGUCACUUUUGCACCUCGAACUUUGUGUCAUCAGAGAUAUGCUUAAAACAUCCAGGGAUUGUAUUGCACUCUCUGACCUGCAUUCAUAAAAGUUGGAUACAGAUUUUGACUCAGAAGUUAUUGUAAACAACAAAAAAAUCAAGUUUGAUAUAAACUAAAAAUCAAAGGAUUUGUGUUUGUGAGGAUUUGAGUCACCAAAUAAUUUUUUCUGUUUUCAAAAUUAGACAAAAAAUUCAGUCCCUGUGAUAGAAUAGGAAUAAGGAGUUUGCCAUUUCCUUUCCCACUGUUGGGCUUCUCCAGUAUAUUUCUGUAAUAUUUACUAUGCUUAAAGAAAAAUUCCUGUUGUCUAAAGGAUUAAAAAUUUGAAUGCCUUUACUUUGUGUUUAUGUCUGAACUUUAGCAAAGGAAAAGGAGCUCUAGCUAGAAAAUUCAUUCCUAAUUUUAUAAUAUACUGAAAAGAUUAUGUAUAUUGACAAACCACUGUUUAAAAUAAAACAAAGAGGAACAUAUGCUAAUUUUAUUUAUUUAUUUAUUUAUUUUACUGAUUAAUUACUGAACUGGGGUUUAGCUCUUCUCAGGAACUAGAAUUUCACAUAAGUUUCAUUUCUCUUCGACUCCAGGAAUCUUUGAAGGUAUUAAUCUAGCAAGAUGGGUUUAAAAAAAAAACACAUAUUAUUCAUAAUGUCUGAAAAGGGAAAAUGGGUACAAAACUUUGCCUGAUUCAUUUAGAAUGAGUUUGUGAUGCUUCAAUCUCUAAAAUCUAAGUCACAAAGACUUUUCAACUUCUACUAUGUGGAGGUGUGGUUGACACCUAGUUUUUCCAGCUAGACUGUUUCACUUCUUUUCCUCAUUCCUGACUGACCUUGCUGUGCUCAUGUAGACAAACCUAUCGCAAAACCAGACUUUUCCUGUUUCCCUGCCUUCAUUUACCUAACUGGAUCAAAAAAACAGCAAGUGAAUGAAAUACAGAUGAAAGUUGGCAAAACUAGCAGUUUACUGACAUAAUUCUUCAAGAGACAUUUUAACUAACUUUUUCAAGCAUAAGGAAAUUGCUGUGGUUUUAUCUUAAUUUUAUAUGCAAAGCAUGGUUUUGUUACUGCAAUUCCACUUAUAUGGAGGUGAAUAUGAUUGUGUUUAUUACAUCAUUGAGAGGAAGACAUAUACUAAAAAAGUACUUUUUCAUAUAAUAUUAUUUAUCUAAAUUAUAUUUUAAAUGGAUAUAAAUCAGUUGCUUUCUUAGACUACCUUUUUUUUUUGAUCAUGAAAGAAAUGAUAAUGUACAUCAGUUUAAACAUAGAAACAUUUUGACCAGAUGAACACCUUUGUGGCUAUCACUUUCAACUUAUGAAUAAGUAAAUAUCUUUAGUAUGGUUUUCAAGGACAUUUGAUGUUUCCUUUAAAACACUAAUUUUCCAUGUUAAUAGUUAAAACAGAUUGAUACGUAUUUUGUCAGACAGACAUAAAGAUUUGAUUAAUUAAAUGACAAGUAUUUUGCUGUUACAACUUCAGUUUUUUGAACCGUGAAAAUAUGUAUUUUGCUUGUUUCUCUUCAAAAUUUUCAAUAAACACCUACUGUGUUUUAUCUAAGAUGA